AUGGCGCUCGCUGGUUUCCGCCACCGCCUCCUGCAGUUCCUCGUCGGCGUGAUCUUCUUGCGCUCAGCCCCUGUCGUCAUCUCCCUCCCGUCUCCUUACUUGUACCCCUCUGCGCUCCUCCGGGAUUUCCCCCGGAUGAUGGAGAAUUUCAGGAUCUUUGCUUACCCCGACCAACCUUGGAAUUCCAGCGGCUUCCGACCAGGCUCUCCGGCGGCGCUGUUCCACGCCUCGCUCAUGCGGAGCCGCUUCCUGACGCUGGAUCCCGAGGAGGCUCACCUGUUCUACCUCUCCUUCCCCGGUGAGGCGGGGCCCCGGUCUAUAGCGCGAUCGAUCCGGAGUCUCCGCUCGGAGCUCCCUUUCUGGAACCGGACGCUCGGCGCCGAUCACUUCUACAUCUCGGAGGAGGGGAUCGGCGAUUCGUCGGACCGCAACCUCGUGGAGCUGCGGAAGAACUCGAUCCAUAUUUCGACCUUUCCGGCUGCCCCGGGGAGAUUCAUACCUCACAAGGACCUCACCCUUCCGUCUCCGAUCAGCGCUUCCACUCCGCCGUCCCCAAAGGAUUCUUCGUUUAGAUUCCUCGCUUACUACGACGGGGUGGCAACCGACCAUGCUGUCCUAGCCUUGCUGGACGAGCUCCGGAAAGUUCCAGACGUCAUUAUCAACUCCGGGCGGCCUGAUCCAACCAAGAGGGAGCAGAGCAUGUCUGCCUGCAGGUUCUGCCUGUUCUUCUACGGCUUGGAGCGGGAUCCACGGCUCGGCGAGGCUCUGAAAUCAGGCUGCGUGCCGGUCGUCGUCUCGGGCGGGCCGAUCCUGGAACUGCCGUUCAGCGACGUGCUGCGAUGGUCCGAGAUCGCUCUGUUCGUGCCACUGCGAGGAGGAGCCGAAGAGAUCCGUCGGACGAUGGAUCUGGCCAGCGGAGAGACGCACGCACGAAUGAGAGCGACGGCGAUCCAGGCGAGCACGCUCUUCCGGUGGGAUCUGCCGGAGUCGCCGACGGCGCCGGAGCGGCCGCACGACGCAUUCACCACGGUGCUCUUCCAGUUGUGGCGGCGGCGGCACGCCAUCCGCUACGUCCGGUGGGGGGAGCGCAGUUCCUCCCUGCACGCGAGAUCGGACUUCUAG